CAACGGUAACCGGCCGCUUCAACGACGUCACUUCUGUUUUCCAUUGUAUACGCUUGCUGCUAAAAGGGAUGCCCUCGUUCAUGUAGAAAAACGAACGAACAGCAGCACAAAUGGACCGUGUUUCAAAGCGCCGUCAGGUGAAACCGCUGGCUGCUUCUCUUCUUGAUGCCCUGGAUUACAAUAGCUCAGAUGACAGUGACUUUGAAGUUGGAGAUGCCUCAGGAUCAGAUGGAACAGGCAAUGGCAGUGACGAGGAAGGUUCCAAACCAAGUGCCGCAGGUUCCGAAAGUGACUCAGACAAUGUGGUUUCGAUCGAUAUUGGUACUGAUGAAGAAGAGCCCAAACAUCUGACUGCGGAGGAUAACGUGGCUGAAGAUGAAGAGAAGUCGAAACAGCAGAGCUCCUCAGAUGCCUCUGCUGUUAGUCUACCUAAAGGCAGACGAAAGAGCAAGAAGGUUUUGGAGCCUGAGUCCCGUGCAGAGGCUGGUAUUAUCUCAACCUUGGCAUCUGAGGCUGGGAGUGAUAAUGCUGACGUGUAUGAAACUGAGCCCAAAAAAUGGAACUUUCGCAGGAAUCGUCCACUUCUUGACUUUACAACCAUGGAAGAGCUGAAUGAGAUAGAUGACUAUGAUAGUGAGGAUGACAAUGACUGGAGACCCACAGCGGGAAAGAAGAGAGGCAAGGCAGCAACCCAAAAAGGUGGUGGCACAGAUGAAGGAGACAGUGCCAUUGCAGAUGAUAAUGAUGGGGAUGAUGAUGAGGAUGAUGAUAAGGAUGACAAUGAUGAAGACGAUGAUGAUGACGAUGUAGAUGAUGAUGGCGAGGAUGAGGAUGAUAAGGAAGAUGAUGAAGUAAACAACAGUAGCAGUGAGAGUGACAAGGAGGUGAAGAAACCCAAGAAAAAGGCUAAAAAUACCAAUGCUUUUGAUGAAGAAUUAACAAAUGACAGCAUGUCCCAAGGAAAAGGAAUUGAGGAUGCGUCGCUAGAUCGGUCCCAGACGUGGAAUGCUCAGCACAUCCUAAUCUGCUCAGUUUGCUUGGGAGACAAUAGUGAAGAUGCAGAUGAGAUAAUUCAGUGUGACAAUUGCGGUGUUACUGUGCAUGAAGGGUGUUACGGCGUUGAUGGAGAGAGUGAUUCUAUAAUGAGCUCAGCAUCAGAGAACUCAACAGAACCUUGGUUUUGUGAUGCCUGUAAGAAUGGAGUGAUGCCAAGCUGUGAGCUCUGCCCCAACCAGGAUGGUAUCUUCAAAGAGACAGAUGCCGGGAGAUGGGUGCAUGUGGUUUGUGCACUUUAUGUUCCUGGGGUUGCAUUUGGAGACAUCGAUAAACUCCGACCAGUGACUCUCACUGAGAUGAACUAUUCAAAAUAUGGGGCUAAGGAGUGCAGUUUCUGCGAAGAUAACCGCUUUGCCAGGACUGGUGUGUGCAUUAGCUGUGAUGCAGGGAUGUGUCGGUCCUACUUCCAUGUCACUUGUGCACAGAGAGAGGGGCUCCUGUCCGAAGCUGCUGCAGAAGAGGAUAUUGCAGAUCCAUUUUUUGCUUAUUGCAAGCAGCAUGCAGACCGCUUUGAUAGGAAGUGGAAAAGAAAAAACUACCUGGCUUUGCAGUCAUACUGUAAGGUGUCGGUGCUUGAGCGAGAGAAACAGCUCACUCCUGAAGCUCAGGGCCGGAUCACAACUCGCCUGCAACAAUACCGCACAAAAGCAGAGUUGUCCAGGAACACACGACCUCAAGCAUGGGUGCCAAGGGAGAAGCUGCCACGACCUCUGACCUCUAGUGCAUCAGCCAUCAGGAAGUUAAUGAGAAAGGCAGAGCUGAUGGGCAUCAGCACAGACAUUUUCCCGGUGGACACAUCUGACACCAAUGCAAGCAUGGAUGGCCGUCGGAAACACAAGCAGCCUGCACUCACGGCAGACUUUGUCAAUUAUUACUUAGAGCGUAAUAUGCGAAUGAUCCAGAUCCAGGACAACAUAUCUGAACAGAAGACCUUAAAAGACAAGCUGGAGAAUGAGCAAGACAAACUGCACGUGGAGUACAACAAGCUCUGUGAAUCUCUCGAAGAGCUGCUAAAUGUCAAUGGAGAUCUGCGAAGUGAAGGCCAAGCAAUGUGGACUCUACUUGGAGACAUCCUUGGCCAGAAACUAAACACUCCAGCUGUUCUAAAAGCCCCCAAAGAGAGGAAGUCUAGCAAAAAAGAGGGGGGAACUCAAGGGAAACCAUCAAGCCUACCAGCAAUUCUUUACAGCUGCGGCAUCUGUAAGAAGAACCAAGACCAACAUCUCCUUGUGCUGUGUGAUACCUGCAAACUUUACUACCAUUUGGGUUGUCUUGAACCACCACUGACACGCAUGCCCAAGAAGACCAAGAAUAGCUACUGGCAAUGCUCAGAGUGUGACCAGGCGAGCAGCGAUGAAGCUGAUAUUGCUAUGGAGACGCUACCUGACGGUACCAAGAGGUCCAGGAGGCAGAUUAAAGGGCCAAUUAAAUUCAUCCCGCAAGAGAUGUCACCAGAACCCAAAAAAACUCAAGUUAGAGGCACGGAAGGCCACCAACCUGUUGGAUGCUACAUUUUGAUGAUGUUUUCAAGAAUUAGUAGUUUUGACAUUAGAGAACCAGAGGGCAGAAAAGAAAGAAUAUCCCUUUCUGUGAAGAGAGAGACGACAACAUAGAGGUUGUGAGAGCCGGGGCAGCCACCUCACCUGGCAUAAAACAUGGAACCGAUGACCAUUGGCUUAGAGAAAAACAAAAGCAAAAUUGAGAGGCAUUUGAAGAAAGACGGUUGAUACAGGCUGAACAACAAGAGAACAAGACCGUCCACAGUCCACAAUGACCUCUGAUCCAAACUGGAUGAAUGGAAACUGUCAAUCUGAAAAACAGAAUUGCUUCGAGAUGAACUUACAUCCUGACAUUAAACUGGUCAACUGCUGCUACCACUAAAUUGAGAGCUUUUGUGACACUCUAAUAUGUCUUUAUCAAUUUUGGUUUCUUGACGUACAUUGAGCAACAUUAAUUAUGUGAUAUUUUUUAAUGUGGAAUGCUAAGGCAAGACAUUAGUACGUUAUCACUUUGGAUGUAGUAAUAAAAUCCGUACAAGUCUGAUGUAGAAACGUUGAUGAAAUGUGAUUGUUUUAUUAUUUUUCUGUGGCACUACUGAUAACAGUUGACAGAUUUUAUGGAUUUUAAAAAAAUAAAAAUAAAAAGAUGUACGUGUACCGGUAUUCAGUAGCACUUGACAUUUGGAUAAAUCCAUCUAUUCAAUGCUGAGGAAUGAACCUUUUGUUUUCAGAAAUGGCAGUGAAGUCCAUUUGUCAUGUUUUGUUCAAAGUUGGUGCCGGCAGCACAGUGAAGCAAUGGUUAGAAAAUUUGGUUGCUGGUCUUAAUAAGAUUUGACUCAAGAGGAGACUGUUAGCAAGAAAAGAGAUAGCUUCCAACUGUGAACUAGUAUGGCGUACAGUACGGCAGCAUUUGUGGAAGAGGCACAGCAACACAUUUAUUUGCAUUAUUUCAGAUUAUGAAUAGACUAAAUGAAUCAAUUAAGAGCUACAAGAAUGUGUGAAUGACGAAUCUGUUCGACCAACAGUGGUUUAUGUGACCCAUAUGAUAUCAGCUUGGCAUAGUACUUGUAAAGAUAGUUCACCAGGUACUACUAGACAGAAAUAUAUUGCAUGUGAAUGGAAAAGUGGCAUAACACAAAGUGCACCUACCAGUACCAAUAUUUAAGUUAUAAUAAUGUAAAAUUAUCUUAUAUCAAUCUUGUAUUGUGCGUGCAUGUGUGCAUUUUUUUUAAAGUAAAAGGCCAGACAUCUUUGAGAGAAGCUUGUCACGUACAGUCUAGAAAAGGACUCCUGUUUGUAAUGUAGCAUAAUGCUACGUUACUUUUUUGUAGUAGGUACACGUUAGAAUCGUGAGAGUAAUCGCAUCACGUGUAUUGAAAUGUUAUUGUCUUUGGGCAUUUAGCAUUCUUCCUUGUUCAUCAUAUCCAGAAGUUGACUGGCAUGUCUUCAGUAAGAAGCCCAGCUUUGUCUCCAUGUCCCUAGUGGUCCUCGGUCAGGACUGCCAAAUCCGUUGCUGUUUUCUCUGUCAGGGCACAUGACAAGUGUCACAUUGUGCCCCCAAAUGUCAUUUUCUGGAGAAUUUGGGACUUGUAAUGCCCAUGGUGUUUACUGCUUUUGCGAACAACCAAUUGUUAUCGUCUUUAUAGAUCGGUGAUUCUUAACCUGGGUUUGAUCGAACCCUAGAGCAGUGAUUCUUAAUCUUGUUGGAGGUACGGAACCCUACCAGUACCAUAUGCGCAUUCACCGAACCCCUCUUUAGU